AUUUUGUACCACGGAAGGAAAAGGCUACGUAUGCUUCUCUGGUUCCAAUCCCCCGCGAUCUGAACAUCAUUCACUUCAAACAAUCAAGCUGUCGUCGGAAUUUUUGACAUCAAGAUGGAUUACGUCGAUAAUAGAGUGGCCAAAGAAGCCGCAAGGUCGUUGCCAAAGGCUGAAGUAGCGACAUUAUUCACGCCCAUCAAUGCCAUCCUGCUGUCACUCUUCGUCCUUAUUAUCUACUACCAACUACGUCCUAAAACACCAACCGCCCUUCCGAAGCAGCCUCCCGCCAUCGUCUUCCAGACCUUCACCCCACGCACUCUACUCCCAAACAACGGGGAAAACGGCGCGCCAGUAUAUCUCGCGGUGCGGGGCCAUGUCUUCGAUGUUACUUCUGGUCGCCAGUUCUACGGACCCGGUGGGCCAUACGAAAACUUCGCUGGACGAGAUGCCAGUCGAGGACUGGCUCAUGGCAGCUUCGACGAGGAUAUGCUGACGAGUGACUUGGAUGGGCCGUUGGAUACAUUAAGUGAUCUCAAUGAUGAGCAGAAGAAUGCACUGAAGGGGUGGGAGGAGAGGUUCAACGAGAAGUAUCUAGUUGUGGGAACGCUUGUUGCUGCCGGUGAGGAGGAAUGAAGCGGACCAGAGAAUCAGGAACAACGACAGGAAGAUUGUAUGUUUUUUAACGACGUCGUCAGGCGAUAAUGGGUAAAAGUUCAAAAUUUG